AACCUCCCCUGAUUUUGAAAGUAGACUCGCCCGACUCUUCGGACAGAAUAUUCGAUUCAAACGACAAUCGGUACACUUGGACUUCCUAUCAAGUUGAAUUCGGACGCAGUGUGCAUUAUUUGUAAACUGACUUCACAAGGUGUUAAACAGCGUCCAAAUGCCAUAAUAAUCUACAAAACUGUAUCCAGCUCCGCAAAAUUUUGAGGUUAGAAAAAUGUUACCUGGAAUUGGUUUAUUUGGCACCGGCCCUAUGGUAAAACUCCUCGUGCCAAUUCUCCGCGAGAACGGCUUCAAAAUCGAAGCUGUGUGGAGCCGCACUUUGCUCGACGCUCAAGAGACAGCCCGUGAGCUCAACAUCCCCUUCUUCACCAACAAAAUCGACGAUGUUCUACUACGCAAAGACGUCGACCUGAUUUUCGUUUUAUGCUCCCCGAAUUUACACGCCCAGAUCAGUGUUAAAGCCCUGGGAAUCGGCAAACACAUCGUUUGCGACAAGCCAGCGGGGCUCAACCAAUGCGACGCCCUUAAAAUGGUCCGAGCUGGCCAAUACUACCCCUCGUUGAUUUCCCUUAUCAACCACCCGUUCCGCUUUUUACCCGCCUUGACCCACAUGAGGAAAGCCAUCAAAGAGAAUUAUCUCGAGUCAAGCAUCACUUUGAUCGAUAUCAGGAUACAGAGUGGUUCCUUAUUCACUGACAGCGAUUGCUUCGACUGGAAGUGUGACGAUGUGAUGGGGGGCGGAGCCCUGAACUUGAUCGGGAGCCACGUGAUUGACCUCGUGACUUACUUGACCAAUCAGCGGGCGGUUCGAGUCCACGGUGUGGUUCGCACAUUCACUAAAACAACACCAAAUAUCACCGGAAUCAGGCACAUCUCAGCCCCUGAUUUUUGCACGUUUCAAAUGGAGCUGGGCAAUGGUAUUCUGGUGACUGCGACCCUAAACAGUCACACCAUGGGCGGGAACUUCCAGCAGGAGGUGAUGGUGUGCAGUACCAAUGGGCAUUUGGUGGUUCGAGGGGGCGAUUUGUUUGGGCGCAGGAACCGAGGGAAUGAGGAAGUGUUGUAUUUGGAUGUGGAGGAUUUGCAGUGUGCUGCCGUUGUGCCCAAUUCAAGUCUCCCCAAGCCGUUUAUUAAAGGGGUUUCGAAGAUGGUGUCUGCGUUGAGGGAGGCGUUUUUGCCCGUUAAAGAGAAGGCAGGUUGGGUUAAGGAGCCUGUGUGUUCGGCUGCUAAUUUCGAUGAUGGGUUGUAUGUUCAGGCCGUUUUGAGUGCGAUUAGACAGUCGUCGAAUACGAGGCAAUGGGUUAAAGUUGAUGUUUUGACGAAGCAACCGGAUACGAAUGCUUUGUUGAGUGCGGCGGUUAGGAGAACGGCAAUUUCCAUGUCGUGAACGGGCGACUGUUGUUUGGACUGGGGCGGGUUAAGUACCUGGAGGUCCAAGGGUACAUGUUGAAAACAUCCAUAACAGAAGAAAUUAAUAGUGUAUUAUACUCGUAUUAUAAGAAUAGCUUUAUGAGCAGAUGCUGAUAAAAAAAUCAGUUAAAGCACAUACUUACUGCUUCAAAACCACGGAGAUGCCAAUGUCGCAUUUUACCGAAUUAUUUUAAUAUGGGUGAUAAAAAGUAAAAGCUAUUUAUGAUUAGAUUUUUCAUUAAAACUAUAAAUACAUUAGCUGUUAAUUUUUUGAAGUGCAUGAAUAUAAUUUAUAACAACUAACUUUUAGAGAAAAUGCGGCGUUGGCAUUUCCAUAGUUCUGAAACAGAGAGUAUAGCGCUUAUACUCUGAAUAAUACAUGAGGGUGCCCCAGAUUAAGUAUAGGAGCCGUGAAGCACAUGAUCUUGUGUGAGAUCUAAUAACAAAAUCGAAAGAAAAAAAUCCAGGGUCAAAUAGUUUUGCAGUUAUAAAUAAACGUUAUAUACUGACCAAUCAUGAAGCACUUGCAAUUAAAUUUUGUAGGUGUAAUCUGAAAACUCACUUUGUUACCGAAGUAACGAACAAAACUUAAAUGAUUUUUAUAACAAUUCAUUUUUAUAAGAGUAGCUAUUUCUAUUUCCCAGUUUUGUGAUAAUAUUGAGCUGCAAGGUAAGGUAUUUUUAAUAAGAGCUCUUGUAUUGGUCAACUUAUACUGUUUAUAACUCAAAAACGAGACCUGGAAAUUUUUUCUUUCAACAUUGUUAUUAAAUCUCACACGUGAGUUUAUAUUUUCCUACACUUUAUCAGGACCCCUCUGUAUACUAUACUUUUUUCCAUUGUGUUAGAAAAUCACAAUUCCUGAUUGACAAACACUUUACAUUCUAAACAACAUUUAAUUUAAUGCUCCUCUAAAUUCGAUUAUGAAACUGGCCCUUAGCUUCUUGAUCUGCAAAAAUGAUUUAAACGCAAUCUGAGGUGAAUUUACUCGAGUCAAAAGAUUUUUCUCAGUGUUAAAAUGUGUUAAUAAAAGUAUUUAAGAAACGCGAUAGAACCCAGAUACCAACAAGAAAUUUUAGACGGAAGAGAUACUGAACAAUUGAUGAUUUUCUUAAAGCGAAAUCAAGAUGAAUGUAUACUCAGUGUCAAAAAAUUGCAACACCAAGAAGAAAUAGGAUUUUUUUGACGAAACAAGUGGUAAGAGAGUUUUUAACACUUAAGCUGUUUUACCAGUAAGUGUUGUUCUUCCAAUUUUUUGCUUUUCUGUUAAUUUUUGCAGUGUUUUUUUAAUUUGUUUAGUUUUAAAUGUUAUAAAAAGGAAAAUAUGCCUUGAGUUUGCCAAAAAGAAAUUACCAACAAUUAAACAAAUUUUAAAAAAGUACAAUUUUUGCCCUUGAAUAGGGGUUUUUUCAUUUAGAGAAAUUGCGAUUUGUUUGUUAAGUAAUCCAAGUACCAUUAUGCGAUGUUAUUAGUCAUUGAUUAGAAAAGGCCCAGCAUAACGCAGAAGAGGAAGCAGAUUUAAAAAAAAACAAAUAAAGUCCAAAAUGGUCAUCUUCAGAUUAUGGCAAUAAUUCAAGUACAAAAAAAAAUUCUGUGCAAUGGUGGAGUUCGAAGGUCGUCGUACUUCACUUCUGACUGUUUAUCAUCGAAUUAGGUCAUUUGGACUGCUUCUUGUUGGAUUUUGUAGGUAUGGGAAGGAUGUGCAAAAACACAGCCUAAAAAAUAGUCAGAAAAGCAAGAAAUUGGAAGAACAACACUUGCUUGUAAAGGGACUUAAAUGUUAAAAAAAAACUCCCUUACCACUUGAUUAAAAUCAUUCAAAUUUUAAUAAUUUAUUACUCGCUAAUAGUCGACCAUUCGUGCCAAGUUUCGUCAAAAAAUUAUAUGCACACAUAUUUUUUUCCAUUUUGAGGAGAUGGGUCUAAAGGUCCCAAAAAUUUUACCGCCCCGACAGCCCAACUUAAUCCGCCUCUAGAUUUGGAUGUGGCAGCUUGAAUUAAUUUAUCUAUUUAUUUAUUUAUAUCUUUGUUAUUUUACGAUUUUUACGUUAACAAUUCAUUUUAAUAAAUCUAUUACUUUUUUUGAUACA